AUGGAAGAUUUGGACAGUCUAUUACCAAAGCUCACAGCAAAAGGGGCCAACGUCGUCCCAGGUGUGGUCCUAUCUGCCGUAACGAAAGAUGGCAAAUCAUUGUACUCCAAGGCCUCCGGAUAUGUCUCCCCGGACCCUUCAGCAGCUGAUAUAUCCUUCGAAAAUACCUUCAGUCUUGCGUCCUGCACCAAGUUAGUGAUAACGAUCGCCGCGUUGCAAUGCGUAGAACGAGGACAAAUCGCCCUCGAUGAUGAAGUGAUGAACUUACUCCCUGAGCUGGUGACAUUGGAAGUCAUGAGCCCCAACCAGGGGCCAGAUACGGUCGACAACCAGUUUCUCUUCCGGCCUCGAACCAACCCGAUCACUCUCCGGCACUUCUUGACGCACACGAGUGGGCUAGACUACGAUGCCAUGAACCCUAACCUGAGGAUGUGGCGAGCAUCCCGGGGUGAGCUACCUACGUGCUUCGCCGGAGGCUCGAAAGAGACACUUCUCUACUCCCUACUCCAGGAGCCUGGGGAAAGUAGUCCUACGGGACUAACGCAUAUUUUCGAACCGCUGGGCAUGACAUCGACCACGUUCCAUCUGGACGUGUGGGACAAUGUGAAGAAGCGCCUAGUAUCGAUGAGCACGCGGGACCCGGACGGCACGGUCAUUCCGACGCAGCAGAUUUUGCCAGGAAAGGUCGCGGAGGAGCUGGGGGGAGCGGGCCUCUACUCGACGGUCGGCGAUUACAAGGCGAUGCUGGUGGAUUUAAUGCAAGAGGAGCCGACGCUGUUGAAGAAGGAAACGGAUGCGGCGGAGGUCGGGUUGAAGAAGGGAACACUGUUCUGGGGCGGCGCUGGGAAUUUGUCGUGGUUUAUGAACCAGGAGCGGUGCGUUGCAGGCUUCUAUGCGAGCCAGCUCUUGACGUUCGUUCCCGACACGAUUACGGGGCAGCUCAACCUUGCCUUCCAGAGGAAGAUCUCGAAACUCAUGGGAUGA